ACAUCGAUAUAUAAGAAACGAAAAGGAAGAAACAGAUAGAAAUGCGAGGAGCCACCAGAAGACGACAGUAACAAAUUUUGACUACAAUUCCUCAAUAUAUAUUAAUUGUUAACAGGAAACUCUGAUAAAGAAACCCAUUUCCUAUUGCAGCAUGAGCACAUAGAGAGAGAUAGAUAAACACAAAUAAUUAUAUAUCUAAAAGCUACGGAGGGAAUAUGGUGGGCUCACCAGCUUAGUUUGGCUCUAGUAAUCUGAACAUUUUUGUUUUAGAGCUGGGGAGAUCUUAUACUCUAUCGAAAAGGCUGUUUAGAUUUCAUAUUUUGAUGAUCAUUUUGGAUGCUCAACUUUCCUUCUGUUGAAAACAAGUAGCUGUAUUCAAUUUUGAUGCUUAAUUCAGCAUAGGAAUUCAGAAUUAUCAAGAUUGAUUGUUAUCUCGUGGAGUGAAUUGAUAAAUUCCUCAUCUCACUCAUUGUACCUUCUCAAAGGCAAUGGUUGUGCUAUGCACUCCUCUUCAUAUUUUGAUCCGUCAAAAGUGUUGCUUCUGGGUUGUUUAAAGGAGCUUCUAAUGGGAUGGGGAUGCAUUGCAUAGAUAGCUAAUGGUACUUUCCAUUAUAAAAUGUGAAGGUCAGUUAGGUGUGUCAUGUACAAGUUUUGAAAUCAUAUGAUGAUAUCUGCAUUAUUAUAUCUUUACUAUGGUGGUUCAUAUAUUCAGUAACCAGAUUACAUGUUUAGUGGGAAAACACAAGCACUUCUUAUCCCCUAAAUGCCAUUUUAAGAUUUUAAAAAUAAACUUGGUGUAAUGAUUUGAACAACGUUCUUAGGUUCUCAAACAAGUAGAACAAAAUAACAUACUAAGUUGAUCAUGGGCUUGCCUCAAGUUCCCUCCGGCAAGAUUGGUGAGGAAACAGCCACAUCAAUGAGCAUGUUCAUGCAAAUUCCAGCUCGAUUUGCUGGUGGGAGUAGCUGUGAUAUGAGUGGAAUGCACACAGGUCAUUUGAGCAGUCGAAUGCAUGGGUCUUCAAUAGAACAUGUGAAGGAUGUUGAUAUUGUUAAUUUGCACAAUAAUGGUAUAGCCAACAUGCAUAAGUUGAGGAUUGAUUCUGCAGAAAAGAAUGGCUUCUUGUCUCGUAAUAGCGGAAAAAAUGUUCAAACUCCAGUUUCUAGGAUUGUGGGUUUUGAAUCAAGUGCAUUAAUUAACCAUAAUAAUCCACAUGGAGAGAAACAAGCAGUUGGUGUUCAUUCUCCUCCUAGCAUUAGUAUCACUUCUGAUGUGACUGAGACCUCAAGUUCACUGGUCAGGAAACGGUUAUUAUCGCCUUUAAAUGGUAUGCAAUUGCCUGAUAAAUUAAGUGGUGAAUAUCUAGACAUUGGCAGUACAGCUUAUUCCCACUUAAAAAGUGGUAACUACAGUAUCAGUCUGAAAGAGAAUAAAAAAGCUAACAUAAGCAACUUGGACUAUUCGAGUCCUCUAAUUAGGUCUUCAUCUAGUUUUCCCAGAGCAAGUGGUCCACGGGAGGAUGAUAUUGAGACAAACUCGAUUAUAAUCACCGACGGGCCUUUAUAUGGGAAAGAUGAGCCUAUAACUGAGGUUAAUCUUUCUUCAUUCCAUGAAGUUAGGCAUUGUAGAAAAACAACCACAAUACAACCCGAUAAUGGGGCAAUAGACAUACCACGAGAAAGGGUUGUCUCCUCACCAUUGGCUCUGUCUCCUCUUGGACCAAAAUUUUGUGGAAGAAUGAGAAAUUCUGGACCAUCUAGAGAUUCCAGAAAAGAGUCUGACGAGAGAUGUAUAAACUUCAUGGAAGUGGAACAGUCUCUUGAAGAAACUUUCUCAGAGGAGUUAACUUCUCUUAGAGACGAGAAUCCCGCACUUGCAAGUAAAGUGUUUGAAGAUGAUGGAAUGUCGUCUGUCGCACCUGAAAGAUUAACUGCCAUACAAGAGCAAACUCUGUCUGUUGCAACUCAAAAUGCAAAGUUAGGUAGAACUCUAAGUGGCCUAUCUGUCAGAAGGUCCUUGGUUGGAUCAUUUGAGGAGUCACUUUUGUCUGGUCGAUUAGCUUCGGGAAUGGUGAGCCAGAAAUUCGAUGGCUUCCUUGCCAUUCUUAAUAUCACCGGUGGAAAAUUUUCACCCCAUCCGCAGAAACUUCCAUUUGCCGCGACGAGUGUGGAUGGUGAUAAUUACUUACUGUACUAUUCAUCUAUAAAUCUUGCUGGACAUUUACCAUCUAACAAGUGUAAAGGCCCAAAAUUGAGACGGAGUCUUAGUGUCAGUGGCUCCUGUGAACAGAAAGCUCGUUUGCGAAUACCUAUGAAAGGGCGCAUACAAUUGGUCCUAAGCAAUCCGGAAAGAACACCUAUCCAUACAUUCUUCUGUAACUAUGAUUUGAGUGACAUGCCUGCUGGCACUAAGACAUUUUUACGGCAAAAAGUCACUUUAGCUAUGGAUAAAGGAGGACGUAAAGACCCUAAUACAAGAAAUGGCGCCACGCAGCCUGAAAUUUCAAAAUUUGGCAAUUCUUUGCAGCAUAGGGAGGUAUUUGAUGAUUCGCUUGGAGUCGAUAUGCGUAGUGAAUUAGACAAUGAUUCAUGCAGAAAUACUAAUGGAGUGGACGAUGUCCCUUUUAUUUUGUCUGAUGGAAAUGAAAGCCAAUCUGCCCGUAGCCCUUCAAAGGUUAAUGAGAAUACUGCAGGUUCUGGUGUUCUGAGAUAUGCUCUACAUCUCCGUUUUCUAUGCCCCCAUCCAAAGGACUUCGUGAAGACAUUCCAGAGAUGCAAAUCUGGUUCAUCUUCUCUGCCGGCAAGGAAUGGUGUGGACAGCGAAGCUGAACGCCGCUUCUACUUGUAUGAUGAUAUGAGAGUCGUGUUUCCUCAGCGCCAUUCGGAUUCUGACGAGGGCAAGUUACACGUGGAAUAUCACUAUCCAUCAGAUCCGAAGUACUUCAACAUAAGUCCAUAAAUGACUUGUUUUGAUCAUCUUAAAAUUUGAUUUGUUAGUACAUAAUUGUACAUAUAUUUCUGUGUCAUCGUUAAGAUGGGGGACUCCCAUUUGUUUCUUUUUAUAGUGGAACUGAUUGUCAUUUACUGUAAAUAUUGUACAUGUGACAAGUAUUAGCCCAGGAAGGAAGUACACAUUCAUAUCAGAAAUGAAAUCUUCUAGUAGAGCCCA